UUCCGCCCUCACACACAACCACGUUGCCUCUAAUAUUCCCUUCUGCUGUGCCAUGAUACAGACGCCUUAGCACUGUGUGUGCACUCUCACUCCUUUGAUUCCCCUUCUCAUUCCGCUUCCCCGGAAUUGCACCUUGGGAAACUUUCAAUUGCCCUGCGGCUCCCCCGAACUUUUUCUAGACGGUCGUAGCCUCGACGAAACCUCAUAAGAAAACCCAACAAUCUAAGGAUUCAUCCGUGAUUCACUGAAUCUCAAGUCCUGGGUGGUUCAGUGAUUUGCAGUUCUACAAUGCCUGCUAAGUCGCGGUUUACGAGGCUCGAUGCUUUUACGAAGACGGUCGAGGAUGCCCGCAUUCGGACGACAAGCGGUGGCGUAGUAACGAUAACGAGUCUGCUGGUUAUCUUUUGGCUAGUGUGGGGAGAAUGGGCAGAUUAUAGAAGGGUCAUAGUGAGGCCGGAGCUGGUUGUAGAUAAGGGUCGAGGAGAGAAGAUGGAGAUUUCGAUGAACAUUACAUUCCCCCGCCUCCCUUGCGAACUCCUGACUCUCGAUGUUAUGGAUGUGUCGGGCGAAAUGCAGAUGGGCGUGAUGCAUGGAAUCAACAAAGUCCGCCUACGGCCCGAGAACGAAGGAAGCACUGUCAUUGAGACCAAGGCCUUGGAAUUGCACAAAGACGAAGCCCUCCACCUCGACCCCGAAUACUGCGGAGAAUGCUACGGCGCUCCCCCACCCCCCGCCGCCACCAAAUCCGGAUGCUGCAACACCUGCGAGGAAGUUCGCGAAGCCUAUGCCUCAAUCUCAUGGUCAUUUGGCCGUGGAGAAGGAGUCGAACAAUGCGAACGAGAACACUACGCAGAGCAUCUCGACGAACAGCGCAGAGAGGGGUGCCGUCUCGAAGGCGGAAUCCGUGUCAACAAAGUAAUUGGGAACUUCCACAUCGCGCCAGGAAAGAGUUUUUCCAAUGGAAAUCUACAUGUACAUGACCUUGAGAACUACUUCAAAGAUGAGGGCGGACAUACCUUUACCCACACCAUCCAUCAUCUCCGCUUCGGUCCACAACUCUCGGAUGUCGUAAUCCAAAAGAUGCAGAAGUCGCACGCGGCCACUGGACCCGGGGGGUGGACGAGCCACCACAUCAACCCUCUCGACAAUACUGAUCAACAUACCGAUGAGAAAGCUUACAACUUCAUGUACUUUGUCAAAGUCGUGUCGACGGCCUAUCUUCCCCUUGGAUGGGAGAAACAGCAAUCAAUGUCGUCAAAGUAUACGGAUACGCUUGGCGCGACGAUUGACGCGAACUACAAGGGCAGCAUUGAGACGCAUCAGUAUAGCGUCACGAGCCAUAAGAGGAGUCUGCAGGGUGGGAGCGAUGAGGAGGCGGGACAUAAAGAACGUAUACACGCUCGUGGUGGCAUCCCGGGUGUAUUCUUCUCCUACGACAUCUCCCCGAUGAAAGUCAUCAACCGUGAAGUCCGCGCGAAAUCCUUCUCUGGCUUCCUUGUUGGUCUCUGCGCUGUCAUUGGAGGCACGCUAACCGUGGCCGCUGCGGUGGAUCGGGCCGUGUACGAGGGCGUCAACAAGGUCAAGAAAAUGCAUUCGAGCUAAAACAUCCAUUUUCAGCCUUACUCCUCUUUAUUCGCGACCAUGCAUUGGGAUUUCGUAUGGCGUUAGGCGUUGGGUUUGCGUGCUUUUAGUAUAGUGGAAUGGUAGAUUUACGAUAUUGAUAGCGAAAGCGAUGAGGGACUGCGCCGAGGAAAAUUGGGUGCAGGGAUUUACAGAGAAUAAGAAGGGAUGAGGCAGGCCUAGGUGCAUUUAGGUAGAUAAAUGAAUGAGACCUCGGGGUGUAGAUACCAGAUCAAGCACGUGAGUGCUAUUUUACUUAUACUUAGUCACGUCUCCUGUCUCUAAGUUAGCUUACUUCAUAUUAUCACCUAACGUAGUACAUAGCAAAGGGAAUUCAG